GCGAGCGGCGGUCGCGGCGCCUGUGGGUCCCGGGAGCUCGGGCCUCCGAGUGCGGCAGUUGGCGCGGGGCAGGCGGAGCGGCCGCCGGGACCAUGGUGUUCUACUUCAGCAGCGGCGGCGCUAAUUCAUCUACUUACACUAUUUACAUGGGAAAGGAUAAAUAUGAAAAUGAAGAUCUGAUAAAGUAUGGCUGGCCAGAAGAUAUUUGGUUUCAUGUGGACAAAAUCUCUUCGGCUCAUGUAUACCUUCGAUUACAUAAGGGAGAGAAGAUAGAAGACAUUCCAAAGGAGGUGCUAAUGGACUGUGCCCACCUUGUGAAGGCCAACAGCAUUCAAGGCUGCAAGAUGAACAACAUCAAUGUGGUGUACACACCGUGGUCUAACCUGAAGAAAACAGCGGACAUGGAUGUGGGGCAGAUAGGCUUUCACAGGCAGAAGGACGUAAAAAUUGUGACAGUAGAGAAGAAAGUGAAUGAGAUCCUGAACCGGUUAGAAAAGACUAAAUCAGAGAGGUUCCCAGACCUGGCAGCAGAGAAGGAAGGCCGAGACCGGGAAGAAAGGAAUGAGAAAAAAGCCCAAAUUCAGGAAAUGAAAAGGAGAGAGAAAGAAGAGAUGAAGAAAAAGAGGGAAAUGGACGAACUUAGGAGCUAUUCAUCCCUAAUGAAAGUUGAGAAUAUGUCUUCAAAUCAGGAUGGCAAUGACUCCGAUGAAUUCAUGUGAAAAGAGGAAAGGACCUUUGAAAGAUGUGAAUGGAGGGACAGUGGCAGAGCUUUUGAUUUCAUCUAUGUUAUAAUGAUAA